AUGGCUGCAGGAUCGAAUGGUGCGUUAACAGGCAAAAAACCCGCUCCAACUGCGUCCGCUGAAGGUGCAGCAGCUAGCGGCUUGCGCAACCGACGCCCAGUAGCUUCGGCUCGCUCUGGACAAAACACAGGCCGAGGAAUGGGUGGAAGCUCAGCUGGAAUAUUGCGUUUCUAUACGGACGACUCUCCGGGCCUAAAGAUUGGUCCGACAGCGGUAUUGGUGAGCUGCCUCAUGUUUGUGGGUUUUGUCGUACUACUACACGUCUGGGGCAAGUUUCGUGGAUAG